AUGUUGCAUGUUGGUGGUUGUUCAUCUGACAAGAUGUCAGCACUCAUAACAUUUGUGAUGCACCACAUGGGUAGGUUAGAAAGCAAUCAAAAGGGUGGAAUGCAAUAUUCUGGGAGUUCUGUUAGCAACAUUGACAGGGUAUGUGUGGAUACUUGUAAUUUAUUUCUGGUAGAAGGGUUGUUUUUCGAUUUAGGUUACAUAGGAUUUAAGGACGUUCAUUGGUUGGAGCCUGGUUUUGACUUAUCAAAUGGUUUAAGGCCGCUUAAGAGGGAUGCUGAUGUUGUUAGUAUGUGUGAUGCUGCUAUGAAAAAUGAUGAAGUCGAGGUAUCUGAUGAUGAGGUAGAAGUUAUAGAGGUAGACGAUGAGGAUGUGUAUCGUGAUGAAGAAAGACAUGGAGAAGAUGAGGUGAUGGAAGAUCAGUACAAUGGUAAUGGAGAAGUGGGUCAAGACAAGGUUAAUGUUGAUUCUGAGGUGUAUGAUGAAAACAACAAUAGUGUUAAGACCACUAAUGUACUACCAACUGAGGCACCCCAAGUUGAGGGAGAUCAAACUGCUGCACAUGAAACCAAUGAGGAGCAAAAUUGGGAGAGCCAAGCGGCAGUAGUUGGUGACUCAACCACCGAGGAUGUCGAAGAGAAUCAUAAUGAGGAGGGAGACGGUAAUUUAAGACAAUCAGGAAGAAGGAAGAGACACUCAAGGCCACAACCAUCAGGUCAGAGAAUUAUUCCUCCCAGGGACAAUGAGGCCCCAACAGUGAUUGUGCCUGUACAUGAGGGUAAUGCUGAUGGAGUUGAUAAGGGUGGGGAAAAUGAGUUCCAGUACGAGUCUGAGGAUCUUCACAGUUUACCUGAAUCAGAUGAUAAAAACGGGGUUCCAGUAUUUCCACAACACAAUCCUCAAGCACGCUUUGGCCAAGUUAAACUCGAGCUGGGCAUGGAGUUUGCAACGAUGCAAGAGUUCAAGGAUGCUGUUAAGAAGUUUAACAUCCAAAUGGGGAGGGAAGUGUUCUUUUUAAAGGUGGAGCCUUUAAGAUGCAGAGUAAUUUGUUACAAUCAAGACUGUCCGUGGGAGGUGUACUGUUCAAGGAGAAAUUUCCCACCAAGUUUUCAAAUCAAGACGCUAGUUGAUGAGCACGCAUGUCCAAGGAGUAACAAAUCUAGAUCAGUAACCUGUAAAUGGGUGGCUGGAAAAUUAGUUAACAAGCUUAGAAUUUCUCCUAAUUUGAUAGAAAGGGAGGCAGAAGAGUGGUUCAAGGUAGAAUAUGACAUAAGUGUAGGUGAGCGAAUGAUGUAUAGGGCAAUGGAGAUGGCAAAGGACAUCAUUGAGGGGACGGAGAAGGAACAGUAUGGGAAGCUACGCAAUUAUUUAUCAGAGCUGCUUAAGGCUAAUCCUGGUUCUACAUGUACUAUGAGCACACAUCCACAGCCAGAGGGUUUGCCUAAGUUCAGAAGUUUAUAUAUAUGCUUAGAGGCAUGUAAGAGAGGAUUUAAAUAUGGUUGUAGGCCUUUUAUUUUCCUUGAUGGAACCUUUCUUAAGGGGUAUUUUAGGGGUCAACUACUCAUAGCUGUAGGACAACACGCAAAUAAUCAUCUAUUUCCUAUAGCAUAUGCUGUGGUUGAUGCUGAAACAAAGGAAAAAUGGAAAUGGUUCUUGCAUUUACUUCAUGAAGAUAUCGGGAAUUACAAGAAAUUUGGGUGA